UCCGGCAGGGCGGAUUGGUUACCUGACGAGACGGAAAGGUUGCUGAACCUGUCCAACUAGGUCCGACUCAUUACAAAACCGUCAUGGGGAUGGGUGGUUGGAAGAGCAGCUUCUAACCCCAUUGAAAGUUCCCCCACCCCCUGAGCAAACACCUUCGCUCCCGGCCUGCCGACAGCAGGGAAAAGGCAAGCAGUCACUAAACGGAGGUGCCAGGGUUACCUGGUGGCAACAGCACCCGGUGUGUUGGAGGCGACGUAAGAAUGUCAGGGACAGUGACGAUCAGCAUGACUAUCAAUACGACAGAAGUAAACAUCACAACGAUGGCCACAAAAUCCCCUGAAGAAAUUCUCUAUCAGAGCUCUGGUGCAAUUGUAGCUGUCAUUGUAAUUGGAGUAAUAAUCAUACUUACCCUGGUACUGCUCACUUUAAAGCACUAUAACAGACAAAGCCGACUGAAAAGAGAUCUGGCGCCAAAAUCAUCAAAGCAACUUUCAAACCCACUUCCACAGACUGGUCUUGACAACAGCUGGCAAAUGUCACAGGUUUCUAGUUCGUUGAAUAUUCCAUUGGAAAGGAAAUAAUGACUGCAAUCCCAAUGUAAUGGGACAGAGAAGCAAGCUAUUACAGACUGAAUCUAGAUAAUUUGGGUCACAGAAGUGAAAUAAAAAUAUGUUACUAAAAUUACCAUCCAUAUCCAUUCUUCAAAAGACCCAUUAUCUCUGAAUUCACAAACUUUCUGGGCUGCACUUUAUUUUACCAGACUGCAGAAUUUUGAAGAGAAAGCAGUUACAUCAACAAUUGUAAUUCCCUGAGCAAUGGUUGGGAUCAUAGCUUCUCACGAAAUCGCUACAUUUGUUGACUGAUGUGGAAAUAAUUAAUUUCUCUCUUUCUCUGGCUUAGAAUAUAGAC